AUGUCUAUCCGGCAACUAGACGCACUUUGGGAGCAUAUAAAAAGCCCGUUUCCUGCCUGCAAAAACAGUUCAGCCUAUAGCCUUCUUGUAGACAUAACAUUCCGAUUCUACGCGAUGUUGCGCCUUCGCUUUGUUGUCCUUCUCGCUGCCUGCUUCGUGGUAGCCAUGGCGAGCCAGAAGUGCAGCCGUUACUGCCAGACUCCUGGGCAGACUGACGUGUGCUGUGAUCCUCCACCUCCCCCUCGCUGCCCCUACCCCCCUCCGUGCAUCGACUUCUUCGACGGCAACUUCCCC